AGCACAGAUAAACACACAAUACGUGAUCGGUAUAUGUAACAUUCCAUUUUGAGUGGUUCUUUUCAGAACAAGGUUUCUUCCACAAGGCUAGUGUCAAAUAGACAAAAAUCAAAUCUGCUCUUAGUAGCCAACACCUCUCGUCAUGCUGACAAAAUUUCUCAUUUCCUGUAAACAGCUUUACAGUGUAUUUGCGGCCCAAAACUCGAGUGUGAUAUCCUUGACUGAGGACAACUUUCACCAAUCAAUAGCCAAGGGAUAUGUUUUUGUCAAGUUUUUUGUACCUUGGUGUGAGCACUGCCAGAAGUUAGCUCCCAAGUGGGUGGCCCUGUCCGAAAUGCUCUCCAAUGUGAAAAAUUUCAAAAUGGCCGAAGUCGACUGCUCAGAAAGUCCAGCUUUAUAUGAUGAAAUCGAGUUAACAAGUUUUCCAACUCUAAUAUUAUUUCAAGAUGGCCACAAACUGGCGGAACAUAAAGGGCCGAAAGAACUGGACAGUAUAUACUCGUUUGUGAAGAAAUACGUGAAAAUAAAUCAAUAAUCUAUAUAGAGAAUGACUGGUUACUGUUGUAAGAUAUCGGCUUUAUCCUACGAACGUUAGAAUGGCGAAUGCCGAAAGUCUUUGAGCAGGAUAAAGCCGACUUCUUAAAACAGUAACCGAUUAUUUGAUUUAUCCUGCAAUCCUAUAUAAUAUGGCAAAAUUAAUGAAAUCAGGGCCGUAGCUAGGAUGUUUUGUUUGGGUUGGGGUGGGGGCAACCGAGUAGUUAACAGUUUAAAACUCCUUAAAUGGUUAGGAAGAGAAUUUUCUUUAAGUUUCUAUAAUUUUUUCCGGAUUUUUUCUCCCCCCCCCCCCCCCUCCGCCGCUAGCUACGGCCCUGAAAAUGAACCAUUUUAUUUCACAACUUUACCGUUUUUCCAGAGCAUUAAGGCUACACGUGUUGAAUGCCUUGUCACCAAAACAAAAUAGUUUUUAAACACCAAUGUAUUUCUUAUUUUUUAAAUAAAAAUUGUCUUCAAAACUGCAAUAUUUAAUUAUGUAACUAACUUUUACUGAAGCACAAGAGAAUAAACAUAUACUCUGUCAAAAAAGAAACGCAUAGGUGAUAGGGAAAGAAGAAAAGGGUUUGAUUUGACAAAAUAUCGUGGGUUUUUUUGUACAAUGUUGCUGAAUGACCAUGUUUGUUAA